AUGCGAGAGGAACAACAGAGGGCACCAGAGAUUUGACUGUCCCAAAGAGGAGGUAAUAAAUGAAGCACUUUUGGGGAACAAGAGUUCAUUGCUGUGCUUCAGCUCUUCUGAGCUGUUGUCAGCAGCUUCCUGGGUGGCCGUGCCCUGCGCAGAGCAUCAUCCUGAACUCAUAGCCUCGGCAGAUCUCCUGUGCCACUGCAACCUUCCCAAGGACCAAACCCAGCAGGCAGCCCCACAAGAAGCAGGGACAGCCCACCAUGGAGAAAUGCACUGAUAUAAACAGCACGCUGCAGAACGGUAUUUUGCUCUUUCAGCUGAUCGUCUACAUCCCAGUCCUCUCCUUUGGGUUCCUGCUGAACACAGUCGCCUUCUGGGUCUUCUGCUGCAAACUCAAGAGCUGGACUGAGACCAGGGUGUACAUGAUCAACCUCAUGGUCACAGACUGUUUCCUGCUCUUUGCCCUGCCUUUCAUGAUAUAUUUUACCAAGAACAAACAUCCCAUAGACGACUUGUGUUUUGCUGUACAGAUGAUAUAUUUUACAAACAGGCCUAUGAGCAUCUACAUCAUCAUGCUGAUUGCAAUCGAUCGAUACAUUGCAAUCAUAUUCCCUCUAAAAGCAAAAAUUCUUCGAUCCCCACUGAAAUCAGCUUCUGUCUGUGGGUGUCUUUGGAUAAUACAGAUAAUUUAUUCCUACGCCCAGCAAAAAUUUCAAGAAAGUAAAGAAAAGUUUUGCCUUCAGAGACAUUCUACUGAACCUAAGUAUUUAACGUUAUUCUCCAUUUCCUUUGGAUAUUUUAUUCCUCUAGCGAUUAUAAUUUUUUGUUCAGUAAAAGUCAUCAAAUGUCUCAAAAAGAAGAUGGCCAGCAGCUUUCAUGACACAUUGUUAAUCCAGAAAGCACUCCACAUUGUUUCUGUGAAUUUGUGUGUGUUCACCGUAUGUUUUUCACCUAUCUACAUCACACUGCUCCUGCGGUUCAUAGCAGAGGUUGCUAAAGCUUGUUCUCUGCUCUCAAAACUUAGAGUCUCUAUUCAGAUCCUUUCAUGCUUAGCAAAUAUCAACUGCUGCUUGGAUGCAUUUUGCUAUUACUUUGCAGCCAAGGAAUUUAAGGAAUUUUCCUCUCUGCUCCCCACUUGUAUAUUGAAGAGGUCUACGGUGAAUCAAAGCGAAGAGUCACAGCAACCCACCGAGGAAGUUAUGUUAUAAAAAAAGGUUUAGCGCACCAUAAAUGUCAAGAGCCACAGUGCUGCUGAAGUUUUGAGGGAAUGGGGCUACCUACAGUAUUUCCAAUCCUGGGUAUAGGCAUACCUGCAAAAAGGGGGUCUCCUAGUCAAGAGGGAGCUCCACAUGGUAUGGAGAACAGAUGAUAAGGCCAUUGUUUUGGCCACAUGCUUAUUUGUACAUAUCAUGCAGCUAAACAUAAGAAACUUAGCACCUCUACAGCAAUGCAUAAAACCACUUCUACUACUGUAAUUUUUGGUCAUUGAGAAAAAAAAAAAAAAAAGGAAAAGCCACUGUAAUACAAUGUCAAGUCUAAUAUACCUGUGUCACUCACAUCAAAGAAGUUAUCUGUGCAGUGGUAGUUUCCCGCCUAGCUAUAAAAUGUCAAUGCCUACAGCUAUGACCAGGAUGCAACUAUCACUGUGCGUGGGGUAAACCGCAGGAGUCAGGUAAUGGCAUGACACUAUUGUCCUAUUCCUGCUAUGUAACACUUUUAUUAGCUUACAGCAACACCUUGACAUUUGUAAGACAAAAAUCAUUGUGGGUAUAAAUAAAGCUAUUACUGCAAAGUAUUGUGGGCCACAUAACAGACCCUUAGGAGCACAACAUCGCAUGUGUGUAUCAAGUAUAAAGCUGUGAAGACCUCACGUCACUUAAAUGACUUCCAUAAGCCCUGGUGAAGGCUUUCUGCCAUAUUUCAACAGGGUCAAAUCUUUAAUGAGUGUCCUGUCUGGUUAGAGGUGAGCGUAGAAUCAUAGGAUCAUUUACGUAAUGAAAGGGGAAAAGACCAUUAAGACCAUCAAGUCCAACCAUCGUGUAACACUACCAAGUCCACCACUAAACCAUAUCCAUAAGUGCCACAUCCACGUGUCUCUUACAUACCUCCAAGGACGGCGUCUCCCUGGACAGCCCAUUUCAAUGCUUAACCACCAUUUCCAUGAAGAAAUUUUCCUUACGCCCAAUCUAAACCUCUCCUGGUGCAACUUGAGUCUGCUUCCUUGCAUCCUAUCACUUGUCACCUGAGAAAGAGCCUGACAUACACCUCGCUGCAACUCCCUUUCCGGUAGUUAUAGAACGUGAUGAGGUCUCCCCUCAGCCUCCUCUUCACCAGUCUAAACAACCCAAGUUACCCCAGUCACUCCUUCUAUGUCUUGUUUUCUAGUCCCUUCAACAGCUUCACUGCUCCUCUCUGAAGAUGUUCCGGGAGCUCAAUGUCCUUCUUGUCACGAAAGGCCCAGAACGUAACAUAGUUCUCGAGGUCCGAGCUCACCAGUGCCAAGUGCUUUGCUGAACUUUUUGUAAAAUCUAAAGUGCUCCGAGGCUUAUAACUAGGUAGUGUACUUGUUGGUACAAACAGUAAAUAUUCUUUUGCUAGAAGAAAAACAAGACAGAAGUAGUGGAAAAAGUGUGCAAACUGCUCUUACUCUGUAAGUGAUGUCCGCUAAAGUCAGCAAGAGCCCUUUGCAUCAGGCCUUACAGGGAAAGGCGUCCUGACUUCAGCUGUGGAUUUUCUACUUGUUAUCAUAGUUUCAUAUGUUGCUUUAGUAAGUGAGUUGGACCCAGCAAGACCACACAGCCUUUAAACAAAUUUUAAAAUCUCUU